AUGAGACAGGAAUAUUGGCCUAUUCAUGGUAAACGUGCGGUAAACUCUGUACUGCGAAGCUGUAUUCGUUGCUUCCGAUGCAAUCCGUCUCCCAUUGACCAACCUACGGGGCAGCUUCCCUCGACCCGUGUAAGCCCAAGUCGGCCCUUUUCUGUUACUGGUAUUGAUUACUGUGGCCCGUUUUACACGAAGCCCCCGCAUCGUCGCGCCGCUGCUCCCAAAGUGUAUAUUGCAGUCUUUGUCUGUUUUGCCACGAAAGCAAUGCAUCUCGAACUGGUAGGUGAUCUAUCGACAGCUGGGUUUCUUUCGGCGUUUCGGUGUUUUUCUGGUCACCACGGAAUUCCAUCUGAUGUUCACACUGACAAUGCCAAAAACUUUGCUGGAGCCAAGCACGAGCUUAACGAGCUAUACCAGAUAUUCAACGACGAAAUAAGCAAAAGGCAAAUUGGAAACGAAUUUUCUGAGCAAGCCAUCAAUUGGCAUUUUAUUCCCCCAAGAGCCCCCAAUUUUGGUGGAUUGUGGGAGGCAGCAGUACACUCUGUUAAGAGUGCGUUGAAGAGAGAAAUAGGCACCCAUCAGCUCACUCACGAAAACCUCUCCACACUUCUCGUUCAAAUAGCCGCCGCACUGAAUUCUCGCCCAUUAGUUCCGUUAUCUGAUGACCCUUCAGACCUCAAUGUUCUCACUCCUGGACACUUCUUAAUCGGAGCCCCUAUGAAGGCACUGCCUGACCGAAACCUGCUAAGUACGCUCAAAAACCGCCUGAUCCACUACCAGCAGCGAGAACAAAUGUUUCAACAAUAUUGGCAGCGGUGGAGCAACGAAUAUUUAUCUGAACUUCAAGCAACCAGCAAAGGGAUCCAGCCAACUCCAAUUCGAAUCGGCAACAUAGUUGUAUUGCGAGAAGACAACAUGCCACCAUUAUGCUGGCCUUUGGCUCGUAUCACCGAUGUGCAUCCUGGCAGCGAUGGAGUGAUUCGAGUAGUAACCGUGAAAACUGCUAAUGGUAUUUACAAGCGACCUGUAUGCCGAGUUUGUCCUUUGCCAGAUGACAAAAUUGCAACGCAGAUAAAUCUCUCGAGCCCGCAGAAGGAAUGA